AUGGUGGUCAGGCCGUUAGAGGUAGAGGCCAGCCAGUUAGAGGCUGCCCAAGAGGCAGAGUCCAGAGUAGUGAGGGUAGACGUUCUACUUCUUGAUAUGGUGGAUUUUGACGUGAUCUUAGGCAUGUAUUGGUUGUCACCUUAUCAUGCUAUUUUGGACUGUCACGCCAAGAUUGUGACAUUAGCCAUGCUGGGGUUUUCUGGAUUGGAGUGGAGAUGGACUCCUGGAUAUUCUACUAUAAGGGUCAUUUCUUAUGUGAAGGCUCGGCAUAUGGUCGAGAAAGUAUGUCUGGCAUAUUUGGCAUAUAUCUGUGAUCCUAGUGCGGAGGUUCCUUCCAUGGGUUCAGUGCCAGUUGUACACGAGUUCCCAAAGGUGUUUCCUACAGAUUUAUCGGGGAUGCCACUCGAUAGAGAUAUCGACUUCUGCAUUGACUUAGUUUCAGGCACUCAACCUAUUUCAACCGCACUUCGAGAGUAG